AUGGAGUUAUGGUUUUGGAUUCUUGGUUGGAUUCUGUCUAUCCUGACGAUAGCUGGAAAUGGGUUCAUUAUUUUCCUUGUGUGCAAAAAAAGGCAGCUCCGCACCAAAACCAACGCCUUCAUUGCCUCACUUGCAGUGGCGGAUUUCUGUGUUGGAGUGAGCGUCGUUCCUUCCUUCUUCAUUUGCGACAUUACAGGAGGCUGCGAUUGGCCUACAGGAAACCGUCCUUUAUGGACAUUUGGUAUAAGAUGGUUGUUUGGUUACGCAUCUGUUUAGCCUUAGAAAGUGCGACGCCAGGGCCCAGUUGUUCGAAGGCCGAUUAGCGCUAACCCUACCCUGGGUUCCAGAGGCUUUUCAUGCGCGGUUCCGGUUUCGGUUAAGGGCCAAGUCGCACUAGAGGACAAAACUGUUUAUUUAUGUCAAAAAUCUGUCAUCACAAUCAAAAACCAAGUGCGACCGGUUUGUUCACCAAUGGACAAAAUUUGGUCGCGGACGGACAAACUUCAAAGAUGCCGUCGACUACCUCUGGAGCAGGCCAAAUUGAGACAAAUCUUGGAAAACAAUAGUGAGUGUGUUUUAAUUCGGAAAUGAUUGGACAGGUGAUACGUAGCAGAGUCUCUAUGUUAUAGACUUCGUUGUAAAAUUAAUCACGUUUUCAUUUCGCAACAACAUGGAUCCCGGCGCGGGCGACCAAUUUUUUCCGUACGAAUAUCCACAAUAAUUCUACCAGGAUGGAUCUAUACUUUGCCAGGCCCUUACAUGUUUAAUGAUCGAGGAAAUCCCAGCCCAUCUCCGACCGCGAGUACUGACUCGUUGCCAGUAUCCCUCCAGUUCAGCGAAGAUAGCUUAAUGCCGGCAUCAACCCCAUCUUCUUAGCCCCGUACAUCUUCGUCAGUCGAGAACAAGAAGGCUCAGGACAGAUGGAGUAAAGAAGAGGAGAAGCUUUUAGUUCAAGUGUGGGCUGAAAAGCAUGAUCAGUUAGAAAGCCGAGAAUCACAAGGCGCUCACAGCAUGGUGUUGUGUUUUGUUCACAAAUUUUGUUCCUAAGUGCGAUUGUAGCUUUCCGGACAAUUUUUUUGUCACAGGCCGAUUUCAAGUCGAAUUUGUCCAGAACAAGUCUGAAAUUGCCCUCUAGUGCGACUUGGCCCUAAGUCAUAGCAAUAAAAGGGGGUGGUAGGCCUACACGACUUUUGCCUCAUGCCAAAAUGCUGCUUAUUCCAAUGAAGUUGUUUUUAUCUGCUGGGUAGAUUAUGCUCUGGAAGGUUCCGCAUUUUACUGAGCAAAUGUGGUUUUAGCCGCAUAAUUCACACUGAGAGGUCAUGACAUAUAUAUCGAUUGACUGUAGUUAUUGUUUUCUGGUCGGCAGGAUUUGCCCUCUGAUGCAAGCGCAUUUUCUUUGACCUCUUUUGAAGCGUAAAGCUUUUUUAUUACGGCUGAAUAAGGGAACUAAGCGCGUAAGUCACGUAAGUCACUAUCCGUGAUAAUUUAACAUUCUGCAAAGAAAACUAGUAAAACUGACGAGCUGGGCCCAGCGUGAUACAGCAUUGCAGAAAAACAUUACACUCACGGACUAAAGAAAAUCGCUUAGAUCAGAUCUAGAGGGCACUUUGGAGAAAAUUGGAACCCUUAUUCAGCCGAAAGGCAAAUCCUGCCGACCAGAAAACAAUAACCACAGUCAAUCGAUAUAUAUGUCAUGACCUCUCAGUGUGAAACAUGCGGCUAAAACCACAUUUGCUCAGUAAAAUGCAGAACCCUCCAGAGCAUAAUCUACCCAGCAGAUAAAAACAACUUCAUUGGAGUAAGCAGCAUUUUGGCAUGAGGUAAAAGUCGUGUAGGCGUACCACCCCCUUUUAUUGCUACACCUUUAGAGUGAUGUAGCCUUACAAUUUUUUCACUAGUUUUGUUCCUUAUGGACCAAAGAACAAUGUUAUUGUCUAACAUGUGGAUAAUACUCUUACAUUGGAUGUCAGUGUAUCACCUAAAAUGUGCAAAAUUUGCCGGUGCAGAUACCUUAAGGUGUUGUGUCAGCCAGCAGUCGAUCGACGAAUCUCCUGGUAACACGCGAGAAAAAAACGUGUGAUACCCAGGGUACGGUAACCCUGGGUUAAAUUCUUAUCCGGGUUUCUUUCUCUCUCUCUCUCUCUCUCUCUCUCUCUAGAUUGUCGACUGCGUAUUUUCUACUUGUUCUCGCUCUGCUAUUUUCAAACGGUAAAUUCGAAAAAAGUUUGAAUUAAAAACAUGGAGAGUAAAGUUUAUGAAUCAUUUUCUAACUUUUUCAAUUUUCCUUGAUUUCUGUGUUGGAGUGAGCGUCGUUCCUUCCUUCUUCAUUUGCGACAUUACAGGAGGCUGCGAUUGGCCUACAGGAAACCGUCCUUUAUGGACAUUUGGUAUAAGAUGGUUGUUUGGUUACGCAUCUGUGAUGAAUUUGUGCAGUUUAGUACUCGAACGCUACAUCGCCAUCGUGAAACCUUUAAAAUAUCUAACUGCUAUGACCAGAUGUCGAGUUGUUAAAAUGAUAAUCUUUUCGUGGACAAUCCCUAUAAUUUUUGUAGUAGGUCUGCUAUUAAUUUUGUCAAGAAUUUCAGCUAUGUUUUUUGUAAGUAUUUUUGCUAUUUUGGUAGAGUUUUUCUCAUGUUCUAUAUUAACUUUCUGCACCGCUUCGAUAAUACAUGUUGUUUAUAAGCAAGAUAGAGCAGCACCUAGCUUAGGAAAAGUAAGUCGUUUUAGCCAACGUCGUGAAAAGUCUGCGAUUGUAAUGAUGAUAAUUGUUGUAGGCUUGUUUCUUAUUUGUUACGGCGUAUAUUUUCGCUGUAGUUUUGCAGCACUUUUUCUUAACAUAACCUGUAAUGAUUUCAGUUAUAAAAUACCUCUGUUCAUUUUAAACUCCGCCAUCAACCCUUGGGCUUAUGCUCUCUUCAAGAGGGACAUAAAAACGAUGAUCAAAAGACUGUUCUGU